UAUGAAGACAACGCGUGUGGAAACCCUUCGAGGUACAUAGACACCAUCUGACCUGGAGAAUAUGGAGAAUAAACACCGUCCGGUUACUUGUUUACCUUGACAAGAUUAGUGUAAAAUGUUGGUGAUUAUGAAAUUUUAACGCAGUUUUGGAUAUGAGAGGUUUUUAAGUGUUAUAUCAGAAGUCGGACUGGACGAUCUGGCACUCUGGGAAACACACUACGCACUUUUAGCGCCGCGCUUAUUUUGCUGGAGACACUGAUGUCUUCAUUGGACUCCUUUCAGUCGGAGAUGGUGGAUCUCUCUCGGAUUUCCAACGUGGAAACGUAGCAUCCAAUUAAUCAGCGGCUGCAACUGUACCCCCAAGGCGCAGCGGCACUUGGUCCGCUCUGUUCAACACCUACCUUUGGACUCUGAAGUGUGAAAAGACGCGUGGAUGGUUGGUGUGCUGAGUCCGAAUAUGAAAAAUAUAGCUGGUGCGUUAUUGCAGCCCCUUUUUCUCCUGUUUGGACACAAACUGAAUUUGAAAUCGUUCUAAGGAAAUCUUCGUGUGGGGGGUCGUUGAAAUGAUUCACGCAGCGGAAUCAGCUGGGAACAUUAAAUGAGUGGCGUGUACUGUUUGGAUUUUUACCACCGCCAGCCGAGCUAGUUUCAGGUCUGCAUGGGCCAUAUUUAAGCUCUCUCCAUAGGAACUGAGUCUAAGAUGAAGUUAUGGGAUGUUUUGGCCAUGUGUUUGUUGCUCCUGAGCUCUGUUGCUACAAGGCCUCUCUACCAAAACACUCAGCCAGCCAAGAGGACUUACUUCCCCAGCAGCUAUAGUGAUUCUGUGUCCUUGCCUUCUUUGGAGGACAAAGCGCCUUCGUUUGAGCGUGAAGACCACAAACUGCAGGAGAUCUCAAUGGAGGAUCAGUAUGACAUUGGAGGUCCCUAUCCAGAUCAGUUUGAUGAUGUAAUGGAUUUUAUCGAGGCUACCAUUGGCAGACUCCGGAGAUCUUCAGAACCCAGCGGUGGUUCCAGGGGAAAGAGGGAACAGAGAAAGAGAGGAGCAGCAAACACAGGAGGCGCGAGAGAUGAGGGGAGAGGACACGGCGACAGGAGGCGGAAUCGGGGUCGAGGGGGAGGUAGACAUGGUAAAAGAGGACGAGGUGAGAAAGGGAAGGAGAAGGAGAGUAUAUCGGUGCAGACCCGGGGGUGCUUGCUAAAGGAAGUCCAUCUCAAUGUGACGGAUUUGGGGCUGGGGUACCAGACUAAAGAGGAGCUGAUCUUCCGGUACUGUAGUGGCCCCUGUAUUGAGGCGGAGACCAACUACGACAAGAUCCUGAACAACCUCACACACAACAAAAAGCUGGACAAGGAUACACCCUCUCGCACCUGCUGUCGACCGAUAGCAUUUGAUGACGACCUGUCUUUUUUGGACGACAAUGUGGUGUAUCACACGCUGAAGAAGCACUCCGCUAGGAAGUGUGGGUGCGUUUGAAGACGUCACAUGACCAGCAUUUGGCAGACUAAGGAUAUCCUCUACAAGCUUGUGCUGGAUAGGGACAUGUGUAUACAAGGUCAAAGUGGGAGUGUUUGUCUCCUCUUUACUUUUCUUUUUUUUGUCAGUAGUCAUCAAUGGAGAAGCAGGUAGGUAUACUGAGACCCCCUGAAAGACACUGAAACAGCCAUUUAAAAGGAAACUGUACUUCUAUCCGGUUUCGACUGUUCAGACACGUGCAAAAAUGUAUCAGGUGUGCACCAAUCUGCAGGAGCUUAGAUACUGUUACACUUUCAGAUUUGCCAACUGUGCUCUCUAAAAAGGCGAGAGUAGAAGAAACAUCAGGUUUUUUCCCCACAGCUGGCUCUUUAAGACUGUGGAUGAAUCCAGAGAUUUGACAAGAUUCAGUUGCAAUCUAAACACUUCCAGUCUGGAUGUUGACAUUUACAUUCAAAGCCAAGGAACGCCAUUGGAGUUGAGCAAAGACUUUUUAGGUGCAACACAUCUACAUAAAAUCCAACCAUAUAUAUACAUACAUAUAGUAUAUACGUGUGUCAGAGGUAUAUUUAUUAAGACGGAAUUAACUUAUUGUUAUUUAUUGCAAUCCAUUUUAUGAAAAAAUGUCUUUUUUAUUUAUUUAAAGCUUUGUUUGUCCUGGGUAAUGCCAAAGUAGAGCAUUUUCUGAAGCAAAACAAUGCAAGCUGACUCAGAACUGCUAAACACUCCCACGAUCAUAAUGCUUAUUCAUGUCAUUUAGAUUCCAGGGUUUCUCAGUGCAUACAUCCAAAUGAUCCUAAUUAGCUGUUAAGGAAGGACAGAGACGCAGAGGAGGGGACCAAUAGAAGAUUUUUAAUAGAGCUAUUCUAUUGUUGCAUUUUGAGUAGUUCACCUCAUUAUCACUAAUGUGACCACAGUAAAACAGGGAGAAAACUUCACCUGGGUACAGCCUCCCAUUCAAACCGUCCUUUAAUAACACUCUAUGUUUACAAGGAAGCAAGUAAUUCUUUGCUGCUGUUUAUUUUUAAGUGCGCGUUUUUCAAAUUAGCAAGCCAGGACAGACUUAAUGUCACUCCAACCAUAAGCCAUAACAACUUUUAAUUUCAGUCUGCAAUCAACAUGAGAGCGGUGGUCUCGCGAGGAUCAGCAGGUGCCUUUGAGGAUCCAUCCUUUGAGUCACAGUAGAGAAGCUGCUAUUUCUGCCUGUCAGCGCACGUUACCUGAAACCUCGCCCUGGCCUCGCACCAAAUCUGAGCAAAGGCUUUGCAAUGAUAACUCCCAGUAGGCUUUAAAGUUCAUGGGGCUGCCUGUGUUUCUGUCUGAGCUGUGACAGACAGGUCUUUUUUUUUUUUUUUAAAAAACUCAAAGGGGAUUUGCAAGUGAUCCUCUAACAUGAGUCUUAACCAAAUAUCCCCACCGGCAAAGGCAGUUUAAGGCAGAUCUAGCUACUGUAGUGGCUGUCAUCACACAACUCAUAUAAAUAUCUCAAAGGACUCAACAAAGGAGCAUGUUCUGGAAUUACUGAGCAAAGAUGAUUGGUUAGCUCAAUGUGCUUUUUACCUGCAACCACUUGUCCCCAAACUGUAGGAGGAAAUGUACAUUGAGAAAAAGAGACUAUUUAAAAGCAUGCUUGUGUGCCCUGAUAAGGGGGUCGUUUUAAGUGGAACAAAGAGAGCCCUCGUGUAGGUCUUGAUGUUAACACGGAUUAGGGACCAAGGUAUCUGUGCCCACCCAUCAGCAAGCAGGCCAGCUUUACUGUGUAAUCCCCCCACACAGAACAAAUCCAAUGCAUCAAGCUGAAUUUAGGCCAAAUACUACACAGAGAGGGAAAAAAGUCUAGCUUUUAUCACAGCAUACCUCAUCAGUUGGAUCAUCUUCCCCUUUAACAACUGAUUCGUGCAUAAGCCUUCCCAGAUGGGAAUGUGGAGGCUUCCCAGAAGCCUCCGAGCGCCUCGCUGCUCUUCAAUACCAUACAUUAAAGAGUGUGAACUGUGGCCACUUGUCUCAUUGGUUAUUAGUACUCUGGUUUUGAUGCAAAAUGUAAAAUACGAAGGAAUCCUCAGUGUUCAUUUUAGAAAAAAGGACUACAUUUGUUAUCACUCCGUUAUCACCUGUGGAAAAAAAAGAAAAGAAAAAAAAACUGUCAUGUCGUCUCACUUGUUUUGUGUUACAGAACCAAAGCUCUGGGCAAACUUUAUUUUUGUACAAUAUUCAUUUUAUAACUUUUUACAGAAUUAAACUUGUUUCUAUUAAAUGAA